AUGCCCUCCCAGCAUUUACAGCUACCCGCGCAAGUCGCGUUGCACAUGGCGGCCAUGGAGGACUAUGAGCUUGCAAAUGCUCGUACGUGGGACGACAGCAUUGCGCCGCCACCCGAUACGCCGGAGCCAGCUGUCGACAGUGGCCCUGAAUGGGAGCUCGUUGGCAACACGAAGCAGAGCAAGAAAAAGCAGAAUCAGAACAGGCGUCAUCAGCAGCAAAAGGUGGCAGCUCGCCCGUCUGCCUUCCAACAACCGCCACUACGUCGUCCUCAACCAGAAAAGGAGAAUCAGCGGCCACGCCCUGCCUUCCGAGUCACAGGACAGCAUUCCGCUAGCAAGUGGCGCCGAGCAAGAGGGCUAGAUGGCGAGCACACCAAGACCCCAGAAUCGAAGCAACCAGCACCAAGACUGGUCGCAGAGGCUGACAACAACGCACAAUCACUUUGGCGCCAUCAUAGACCUGCUCUCGACCACAUCCGCGUCCCGCCGGUCCUCGCCAUCGAAGAUGACUCGCGUCACCUUCUGGAAACAGUAGCGAAGGACUUGGGCACCUUCAUCCAUUGCCCUGUCAUGGACAAGCAUGCUGCGCAUCUCACCUUUGGUAUCUGGGGCGAAGAUGCAGAUGUGGCCGCAACGAAGAAUGCUCUUCUUUUUCGCAUCGAUGAGCUUAUGUCGCAAAAGGGCAGAAGUGCCGGGUCUUUCGCAAAGGUCGUCUCCUUGACGCCGGUUCUUCGACAGCGCUACGAGGACCGAUGGGCACGAGAAAUCGAGAAGAGCCGUUUCCGGCAAUUCCCUCCUCAAGGCAUGGCAUUUCCGGCUAUAGCUUCGUUCCACUGGCCAUCGAGAGAGUACAAGCCCGAGGAAGUGCUCGGUCUCAAUAUUGAGGCAUUUGAUGCCAUACGCAUGGAUACAUCGUGCUACAUCGUCUAUGUACCAGAGCUUUCCGUAUUUCAGGUCAUGGGAAAGGAGAGAAAGGUUAAGCAGGCUCUUUUGCGCUUGCGCAAGUCGUGCUUCCAGCUCACUGCGCGAUCGGUCAAUCCAGCACGAACCUAUCUUGUCCGUUGGCUGGACGGAGCAGAGAUCCCUACCCACGUUUACCUGGAACCUUACCCGCCGCCUGCAGUAUUGACCUCGUCCGACGCCGUGGACGACACACCGAGCAUGUCGCCUCGCGGCGAAGGCUUCGAGGAGAGCAUGCAUAAAAUUGGGUUGAACCGCCAUCUCAGCAAGAUGAACACUGAGCGGGUGAGGGUAACACUCGGCAAUGCUCUUCGCAAAAUCCACUUCUAUCAGGGUCAUAUCACCCUUCGGGUUCGUCUUGGCACUUUUCUGCUUUCUAGUUUCCGCAUGCCAGAAGACGCCGUGAAUGAGAAUCCGCAGGACGUGCUCUACGAGCUCAAGGAAUACGAAGACAUGACAAAGGAAUCCCAGUUUUUCGGCAGAGUGACAGAAGAGAUUGGCGAUGCAACAGCUGAGGCAAAAGUUCAUGACAUGCUUCUUCAAGCCAGCGACUUGCUCACUCCGCACGGAGCCAUGACCACUGUCCUUCGCGACGUCAAACCAGUCUUUGCGGCAAUCUUCGUAUUUGACGACAUACAUGGAGCUCUACAACUCUACAUGACAUGGCACGAGCUGGAAGAAAAGCAGGCUGAUGGACCGGAAUAUCUCCUCGAACAGACGAAGUGGACGCGCUUGGAUCGUGACACCAACCGUCCAACGCCGCUGCUCGACAUGAGCUUGACGGAUCUGCAUACAGGAUCUGCGUGGCAAUUUGAGAUCGCUGCAUCACGAUCCGUCGAAGAAUACAAGGUUCCGCAGAACUUGCGAGACUUUGCAAAAAGAGUCACCAUCGACCCGGUGCAAGCGGUGAAGCAAAUGGCCGACAAGUCGUUCAUCCGCUACAAUCCCUUCAUGAGGCUAUACUCUUUUCGCCAAGAAGUGAUAUUCCGAUACAACAUCUUAAACUCCGACUACACCCUGGAGUUGAAGCGCUUCCAGGAUCGCAUUUUCUCGACGCAACAAAUGCUUAUUGAGAAGCCAAAAGUCACCGUGUACGAGCCUCGCUGGGGCCUCAAUGUGUUCAGAACUGACUGGGACACGGCUUUCAGCAAGAAUGAACGUCUGCCGAUCGGCGAGGUUGCUGACUGGGAUGAUACCUUCGAGGUAGUGUUCCCAUCUGACAUCGGGCCUGAUGUGGAAGACAACGGCGAUGGGUUUGAGCAGCUUCUGGGAAAGCUAGAUAAGAUCGCAGCGUUGGUCAGGGAAUCUCAUGCCAGCGGGGAAGAUGCGGAGGAGAUUGAAUGA